AUGCUUCCACUCCUCCUGUUUGCCCUCCUCCCAGUCACAUUUGCCCAAUCCCUCCCAACAACAAGCCUCUUCGUCCCCGUCGAAUACGUCUCUAAUACUUUCUCCGCUUCGAUCGCUGGCUCAGAUGCCGCGGCAACAACCUACGUCUUUCCCCCAGGCUGCGAGGACCGAAGCUGCGGGCCCGUGACGGUAAUCCAAGGACCGGGCACCGCGAUAUUCAAUGAGACGGAUCAGCCGAUAACGACAAUCUACAACUGUACCCUCUACCCCUCCUCAGGAGACCCAACCUCCGCCUCCUGCACCCUCUCCUCCACAUCCCCAGGCUAUGCGUUCCCAAGCCCCGUCAUGAUGCACUACCCAGCGGAUUCAGGCUACGCAUUUCCGCUGUACGAGGCUGUGAUCACGGCUGGCGGGAGUGAAACUUCCGAUGUCUGGGGCUAUCAGACAACGAAUAGUCAUCGGGCGAGUCUGUCCAAUCCUUUGAGUGAAGGGUCUGUGAUUGAGACGGGGACGGCGACGAGUGCGUCUUCUUCUGGUGUUUCUACUGGACUUGAGGCUUCGAGUGCAACGAUGCCUUCGUCGGAAGUGGUAGUAGUCACGACGACAGCGCCGGCAGUGACGAUGACAGCUCAGGAAACAGUUUCUUCCUCAGCAACAGUAGCGAGUGCAUCGACCAGCAGCACCAGCACGUCUGAAGCAGGGCAGUCAGCAAUACCGCUUAGGAGUCUGCUCUUGGUGUCUUUCUACGCCUUGCUCGCCCGAUGGUUUGUUGUAUGA